AUGCAAUGUGAAACCAUCCGGCACAAGUUUAUGGUCAUCAUCAUUCUAAAGCACAAGACCAAGAAUGGAGAACCCUUGCAGGCCUUUGGAUCAGGCACGGAGCUGGAAAACCAGACUAGCGUCCAGGACUUCAUCCUCUUGGGUUUCCCCACAGUCAGGGAACUUCAGAUAUUGCUCUUUGUAAUAUUUCUUAUUAUCUAUGUGAUAACCCUCCUAGAACACAUUGUGAUCAUCACCCUGAUCAGGACAAACAGCCAACUCCAAAAACCCAUGUACUUUUUCCUCAGUCACUUGUCUUUUCUGGAGACCUGGUACAUUUCUGUAACUGUUCCCAAGCUCCUGGUUAACUUUUUAGCAAAGAACAAAAGCAUUUCCUAUGAAGGCUGCAUGGCCCAGCUCUUCUUCUUUAUAUCUCUAGUUUGUGCAGAGUGUGUCCUUUUGUCUGUCAUGGCUUAUGAUCGUUCUGUUGCCAUUUGCAACCCACUGCGCUACUCAGUUGUAAUGAGUUCCCAGUUUUGUUUACAGCUAGCUGUGGCAUCUUGGUUUAUUGGUUUCCUAAUUUCUAUGAUCAAGGUCUUUUUUAUCUCCCGAUUGAGCUUCUGUGGACCAAACAUCAUCAACCAUUUCUUCUGUGAUAUCUCACCAUUGCUCAAUCUCUCUUGCACAGACCGAACAGUGGCGGAGAUGUUUUUGAAGAAAAACAGGACUAGCAUCCGGGAAUUUAUCUUACUUGGAUUUCCAACCUCCAAGGAACUGCAAGUGCUUUUGUUCGUGAUAUUCCUUGUGGCCUACAUCUUGACCCUUUUAGAGAACAUGGUCAUCAUCAUUGUGAUCCGAACCAACCCUCAGCUUAACAAACCCAUGUAUUUCUUCCUCAGCAACCUCUCCUUCCUGGAGAUGUGGUACAUUUGUGUUAUUGUUCCAAGGCUACUUAUCAACUUCCUAGUGAAAGACAAGACUAUCUCAUUUGAAGGGUGUAUGACUCAGCUCUACUUUUUCAGCUCCCUCAUAUGUACAGAAUGUGUCCUUCUGGCAGUUAUGGCGUAUGAUCGAUAUGUGGCCAUCUGCAACCCACUGCGCUAUCCCACCAUCAUGACCCAACAUCUCUGCAUGCAGUUAGCAGUGGGUUCAUGGGUAACUGGUUUCGUUGCUUCAAUGCUAAAGGUUGCCUUUAUUUCCCAACUGCCCUUCUGUGGGCCUAACACCAUCAACCACUAUUUCUGUGACAUUUCACCCUUGCUAAAUAGGGCAUGUGAGGAUAUGACUGUAGCUGAAAUAGUAGAUUUUGUCUUGGCCUUGCUAAUUCUGUUGGUUCCUCUCUCAAUUAUCACAGUUUCCUAUAUCUGUAUUAUUGGCACCAUUUUGCAUAUUCCUACUUCCCAGGGCCAGAAGAAGGCUUUUUCCACUUGUACUGCUCACCUCACUGUAGUUUCCAUUUUCUUCUCAGCCACUCUUUUCAUGUAUGCACGACCAAAGAGGAUCCACCCAUUUGAGCUUAACAAACUGGUUUCUGUUAUCUACACCAUUGUCACUCCAGUGCUGAACCCUUUUAUCUACUGUCUGCGAAACCAAGAAGUCAAAGCAGCACUAAAGAAAGCUUUAUGUAGCAGUAGUUCCUACCCCAAAAACUCAAACCAGCUUAAUCAUGUUGAACAGGUCAGGUAA